AUGCCUUCCGGAAUUUGUGAGGAAGCAGAGCAGGUGGAGGGCAGCCAAAGCGAGCCUAGGAGGCUUCGGAUUGUUAAAGUCCCAUUUCUCCCUCAACACCUGCUGCAGGAGGUCGAGUGCACCCUGCCUGCUGAGAACUGUGAGUCUGGAAUUAGAAGCAGUCUAAGGUUCAAAGUUGGGGAGGAGAUCAUCUCUGAGAGGUAUGCAGAGGAGCGUGACCGGGCGGAGGCAGAGGCCCGGGAGAAGGAGACCAAGGCGCUGUCCCUGGCCCGGGCUCUGGAGGAGUCCAUGGAGCAGAAGGCGGAGCUGGAGCGGCUGAAUAAGCAGUUCCGCACGGAGAUGGAGGACCUCUUGAGCUCCAAGGACGACGUCGGCAAGAGCGUCCACGAGCUGGAGAAGUCCAAGCGGGCCCUGGAGCAGCAGGUGGAGGAGAGGAAGACGCAGCUGGAGGAGCUGGAGGACGAGCUGCAGGCCACAGAGGACGCCAAGCUGCGGCUGGUCAACCUGCAGGCCAUGAAGGCCCAGUUCGAGCGGGACCUGCAGGGCCGCGAUGAGCAGAGUGAGGAGAAGAAGAAGCAGCUGGUCAGACAGGUGCGGGAGACGGAGGCAGAACUGGAGGAUGAGAGGAAGCAGCGGUUGAUGGAGGUGGCUGCUCGGAAGAAGCUGGAGAUAGUCCUGAAAGACCUGGAGGCCCACCUCGACUCUGCCAACAAGAACCGAGAUGAGGCCAUCAAGCAGCUGCACAAACUGCAGGCCCAGAUGAAGGACUACAUGCGGGAACUGGAGGGCAUACGUGCGUCCAUCCUGGUUCAGGCCAAGGAGAACAAGAAGGUGAAGAGCAUGGAGGCCGAGAUGAUCCAGCUGCAGGAGGAACUGGCAGCCGCCGAGCGCGCCAAGCGCCAGGCCCAGCAGGAGCGGGAUGAGCUGGCCGACGAGAUUGCCAACAGCAGCGGCAAAGGAGCCCUGGCGUUGGAAGAGAAGCGGCGCUUGGAGGCCCGCAUCGCCCAGCUGGAGGAGGAGCUGGAGGAGGAACAGGGCAACACAGGGCUGGAGAACGACCGGCUGAAGAAGGCAAACCUGCAGAACGACCAGAUAAACACCGACCUGAACUUCGAGCGCAGUCACGCCCAGAAGAAUGAGAAUGUGCGACAGCAGCUAGAGCGCCAGAACAAGGAGCUCAAGGUCAAGCUGCAGGAGAUGGAGGGCUCUGUCAAGUCCAAGUACAAGGCUUCCAUCACUGCCCUGGAGGCCAAGAUCGCACAGCUGGAGGAGCAGCUGGACAACGAGACCAAGAAGCGCCAGGAAGCCUGUAAUCAGGUGUGUCAGCUUGAGAAGAAGCUAAACGACGCUUUGCUGCAGGUCGAUGACGAGCGGAGGAACGCCGAGGCGUUCAAGGACCGGGCUGACAAGUUGUCUGUCCGCCUGAAGCAGCUCAGGCAGCAGCUGGAGGAGGCUCAGGACGAGGCCCAGCGGGCCAACGCCUCCCGCCGGAAGCUGCAGCGCGAGCUGGAGGACGCCACCGAGACCGCCGACGCCAUGAACCGCGAGGUCAGCACCCUCAAGAACAAGCUCAGGCGAGGGGACUUGCCGUUUGUCGUGCCCCGCCGGAUGGCCCGGAAAGGUGCUGGCGACUGCUCGGACGAGGAGGUGGAUGGCAAGGCGGAUGGGGCUGAGGCCAAAGCUGCUGAGUAAUCUCUCCUCCUGCUGCCUGGAACGGAUGGACAGACCGCCAGAUGACUCCGUCUCCCCUUUCCAGCACCCCCCACCCCGCAGCACCCUCCUCCACCUCCUGGGGACUGCCGUGACUGUGACCUCCCCACCCAGUCCCACCAGGCCAGGAGACCUCAAGCCUGCGCCUCCCCGCCCGCCCCCCAGGCCUUGCUGAGGGCGUUUGGCUUCCUCCACUGCAUCUGCUUCUGCACCCUCCCACCCCCAGCACCCGAUACCAAAGAGUCAGAGUCUUGGGCCCCUGGCCUGGGAACUGAGUGACCAGCAGGCUCUCGGCCCUCCCUUGCCACAUAGCACAAGACAAGGAGGGCAGGCCACCGGGGAUGGGCAAAGAGAGUUUUCUACGAAUCUAUUUUUCUUCAGACUAAGAAGUUUUGAUAGCCCAGCACCCCAGAAGAGUUGUCACCUUCCUUCCCCCACCUCCGCCACCAGCUCCCCCUCCUCCUUUGCUGUUGGCAAUCACACACGGCGACCUCACGACCUCUGCCCCGUUGGCCCCGCACUCCCGAGGGCCCUGGGUGAUUGGGUAAGGGCAGGCCCAGGGCUGCCCCCUCUGUGCAGGGCACAGAAUGCGGGGUGCAAGGAAGGAGCCGUCCCUCCCCACGCGCUCUGGGCAGCGCCACAGUGGUCCCCUUCCUGUUUCAGAGUGUCUCAAGUGCAAUGAUGACCCCUUUCCCUCCUCUGUGGAGGGCAGCCGGCCCCUGCCACCAGGGGGCUGCUGGGCCCAACAGACAGGGCUUCGGGGCCACGCUGGGAAGGCCAUCGGGGGCUUCUCCUAACAUUCUUGGGGACCAAAUAUAUUUAAUGGUUAAGGGACUUGUCCCAGGUCUGACAGCCAGAGCAUUGCGAAGGGCCAGCGGCCCUCCCACACGACCUUGUAUCUACUCCAGGACUGGGGCCCGAGGGUACAUAAUCUGCACCAUCGACUCAGUAUGGUUUAAAGAUCUGCCAUCUGCAUGGAUGUGUUUGAAAGCAAAAAAAAAAAAAAAAAGGUUUCUUCUCCCCUCGCCUUAUAAUAAAUGAUAAAAUUCCAAGUCUUUAUCACUGCCUUUCCUUUGGAACCAUGUUUAGAAGAGAGUAGCUUGUCCUACACUGGUCUACACUGGUUGCUAAAUUUACCUGUAUUCCUAACUGUUUUGUAUAUGCUGCAUUUAGACUUACUUAUGGCAAAGAAGGCAUCUUUUUUUUUCUCUUUUGAAGAAAACACAACAAAUCAUGAAGAUAUAUGAAAGCUACGUAUGCCUAAAAAGCUCUGAAUUCAGGUCCCAGUUGCUGUUACAAAGGGGUGAAUGGAGCUCCCAGUCCCACCCCUUUUUUAUAUAAUUAAAGUGCCUUCGCAUGUGUUACAGCUGUCACCACUACAGUAAGCUGGUUUACAGAUGUUUUCCACUGAGCGUCACAAUAAAGAGUACCGUGCUACGA